AUGAGGGAUGGAGGCGUAACUACAGCAGAGUCACGACGAACACAGGGGCGGACCAUGCGGAACUCGUCGCUGCUGAAGUGGGCGCAGGCCGGGACGAGCGGGAAGAGCAGCUCGUCUGCGUCCAGCGCCUCCGGCAACAGCGCCGUCAACGGCAGCGCGCAGGCCAACAGCGGCGGCGGCGCCGGCGCCCACGCCGCGGCCAAGGAUGGUGAGUGUUUGCUCUUGCUGCGUCUGUGCUAG